AUUUGAACCUGUCGCUUGCCGUAGCGAGACUUUAAUCACAACACGGAAGUGUCAAAAUGCAACCCCGUUUGAAACUCCAUUAGUUCUUUUAAGAGUGUGCUGUUGAAUGUUGCGUCGGGGUCGCGUUUCUGUGUCGGGUUUGCUUUAAAAUCACGGUGUAGUGUUGUUAAAGCUUGUGAACUUUGCUUUGUGGCUAGCUAGUUGCGGAUUAAGGUCAGAUAUGUAGUGUAGCCCGGUAGCUCUGUGCGUUCAUACGGUUAGUUUGUUUACAAAACAAUCGAUCAUCUUUAACAACAACAGCAACAAAACCCAUCCAUCAACAUGAAGCUGAGUUCAUCAGUGUUCUCUGCACUCUGUCUCCUUAUUGAGUUACUCGGCAUUGCUCUUUUCUUGAGAGGGUUUUUCCCACUUCCAAUCAAAUCAGCUUUAUCAUCAAAGAGCAAAUUAUCAGAUCUGCCAGCAGAACCAGUACUAGGAAGUAGCCCAAACUCAACCAGAGUGCCUCCUCCAUUAUUCAACAGAGUGGUCAUUGUGUUAAUAGAUGCUUUAAGAGAAGACUUUGUCUUUGGGCCCAGUGGGAAGAGGUUCAUGCCCUACACCAGGAACAUUGUGGAGAGUGGAUCAUCACAUAGCUUCACUGCUAAAGCCAGACCUCCUACUGUCACCAUGCCUAGAAUCAAGGCUCUAACCACAGGCAGCAUUCCCGGCUUCAUCGAUGUAGUAAUGAACCUGAACUCCCAGGCUCUCUUAGAGGACAACCUUCUCUGGCAGGCCAAGAACGCUGGCAAAAGGAUCAUCUUCUACGGUGAUGACACAUGGGUGCGGCUCUUCCCUAAGCACUUCUUAGAGUACGACGGCACCACGUCUUUCUUCGUCUCCGACUACACUGAGGUGGACAACAAUGUGACACGUCAUUUGGACAGCACCCUGAAGAGAGACGACUGGGAUGUGUUGAUCCUGCAUUAUCUGGGACUGGACCACAUCGGGCACAUCAGUGGGCCGCACAGCUCUCUAAUCGGGCCCAAACUCCACGAGAUGGAUGACGUCAUCAAAAAAAUACACACUUCCGUUAUCACAACGGAGGCUGAGGGCACGCUGCCUAAUUUGCUUGUGCUGUGUGGUGAUCACGGCAUGUCUGAGACAGGCAGCCACGGAGGAUCUUCAGAGCCGGAAGUCAACACUCCACUAGUCCUCAUCAGCCCCGCCUUCCCGAUGAAAGAGGGCAUGGGUGAGCCAGGUGUAGUGGAGCAGGUGGAUCUGACCCCGACCCUUGCACUGGCUCUGGCACUGCCCAUCUCACAGAACAGUGUGGGACGCCUGAUUCCGGCUGUGUUCCAGAAAGCCUCAGUCAGGGAGCAGCUCCGUUACCUCCAUAUCAAUGGCCACCAGCUCAGCAACCUGCUUCGGGACAGCAACCCCAGCUUCCAUAAGGAGGAUGGUUACGAGCAGUUUCGGAUGGCAGAGAAAGCCCAUGGGAGCUGGAUGAAGCUAUAUGUAGAGGGAAACACGUCUGAGGUGCUGAGCAACAUGGCAAAAAAAGUGCUUAAGCAGUACCUGGAGGCUCUGCAAGCCAUGAGCGCAGCCCUCAGCAAGCAGCUGGGCAAAUACGACAUGUACUCCAUGAUGGUGGGCAUGAGCCUCAUACUGCAGAUUCUGGUGCUGCUGUUGUUGGCCAUGCCGGAGGCUCUGAGUGGUGCUGCAUGUGUGGACGUUCCCCUGGCAACCACCUUCCUCUCUCUACCCUUCUACCUCCUCGUUCUGCUGGGUUCCUCUGUUCAUGUGCUGGUGUGCACCUCGUCCGAGGCCUCCUGCUACUUCUGCUCACUGCCUUGGCUCCUGGCCUUUGUCGCCAUCAUCUUCUCCUCAGCCCUGUUUUGUUCUCUGGUGGCCAUGGCAGCCAGACGUGCACUGUGCAAAGUUGACAACAAGCAGCCCAAGACCUCUUCCUCAGAGUGGACUCUGUCUGAACUGGACAUCCUGCUCCUGAUCGGCACACUCGGCCACACUCUCAGCUUGGCCUCCAGUAGCUUUGUAGAAGAGGAACACCAGACAUGGUACUUCCUGCUCAACACGCUUUGCCUGGCCGUCUUCCAGGAUGUCUGCAGGAAGUACUUCAGGGAAAAGAGAUGCUCAGGUGAAGAAGAGGAGGAAAACCUUCUCCUGCCUUCUACCGUGGAGGAAAAAGGUGCAUCUUUCUCUCCAGUGGCUGAGCUUGGGGUCAGCGCAGACUCGGAGAAGUGGUUAGCCCUGGCCACGCCGCUCCUCACUCUGACAUGCUGUCGAAUGCUCAGGUCUCUAAACCAGACCGGGGUGCAGUGGGCACAUCUGCCUGACCUGAGCCACUGGCUCAACAGUGGAGAUCAUAAGGUGUUCCUGUCUCUGCUGUCUGUACUCUCUCUGCUGCUGAUUUUCCUGCUGGUCCAGCGGCACUGUUCGCUGGUGUCUAAGAUCGCCUUGGCGCUCGGCCUGCUGGGAGUUUACAGCUACCGUGCUGCCGUCGGCAGCAUCCUGUUCCCAUGGCAACACUCAGCCCAACCCAUGUCCAAGGGAACAGGUGAGGCACACUUCGUCUAUGUCUUCGUCCUGGGGAUCCUCUUCACCGGUGUCAAGGACUUGCUGCGAUCUCAAGUGAUGUCAUCGGUUGUGGACGGCAGGCGUUUGAAGAGCAGGGGAUUGUGGGAGGUGUACAGUGGCAUGGUGCUGCUUGUGGCGCUGCUGCUCCGGGCUCACAAUCUGCCCACACUGGCAUGCUGCCUGCUCAUCCAGACGCUCAUGGCUCAGUUCAUCUGGAAGAGGCUGCACUAUGACGCCGCCCAGACCACCAUUAUGCACUACUGGUUUGGACAGGCCUUCUUCUAUUUCCAGGGGAACUCCAAUAACAUAGCGACAGUGGAUAUCUCAGUGGGCUUUGUGGGACUGGAGAGCUAUGUGGAGGCUCCUGCUGUCUUCCUCACAGCAUUUAGCACCUAUGCAGGUCCACUGCUCUGGGCCUGCCAUCUGGUGUGUUACCUCAGCUCAGAGAGAGACAGAGCGGUCUCUCUCGGCCACAGCAGCUACUGUUUCGCCCUGCUGCGCUCUAUCCCUGCUGUGUUCUACGUAGUGCUGGUGACUGCACUGCGCUACCAUCUCUUCAUCUGGAGCGUCUUCUCCCCUAAGCUCCUCUACGAGGCCAUGCACACACUGGUCACCACAGCCGUGUGCCUCUUCUUCACCUUCAUGGAUCAGGAUCGUACACGUAGACCAUGAAGCACCUGAGCAAGAGCUCUCAGUUCCCUCCUGUCCGUAACCGAGAGAAAGAGCAGAUAGACGUACGGAGGGCAGAAUCUGAUGGAGAGGCUGGUCAUAUGAAGACGGGAGAUCACUAAGAUGAAAACAAAGAUGAGGGAUGGGUGAAGGGAUGUUUCUGAUGUCAUGCCAUUGUGACAGGAUGGGGGGGGAGGGUGUGAAGCGAAAGAGAGAGUGAUGAAUGAGAGUGGAGUGAAAUGAAUGAAACAGGCUUGAUGUUGCAAAUUCAAAGCAAUAUGUAUUCAGUACUCCGAAGUGAGUUCUGAUCCUGUGCUAUAAAAUACACACUAAAUUUCUCUGGAGGUUUUGCCUCUGGUUUGCUUCCGAGAAGAUAAAUAAGGUCUGUUUCUAAUUUAUUUUUGUAUUGCACAAUUAUGAGGUUAUUUAUUGUGAUAAAAGAAAGCAACAAAAGGCAACUAAUUCCAUCAGGGAGCUAAACACUUUAAUUCCUUUUUUUUUUUUAAUCAACAGUUACAGAUUUGGAAAGUUUUGUUACCUGUUUUUAAUGUGGUUUCUGUUUUCACUUGAAAGUAUAAGAACAAUUUCACACAUUUACAUUAGAAAUAUUACAUGCAGAUCUUACCACUCUCCAAAGAACAUCAUAGCCCUGAAAUCAAACUACAGCUGUUCAUUUUAUAAAAGUUUCAAAUUUGCUGUUUGACAUUCUGUGGAAGAACUGAUUUAUUAAUACAAAGUUCCUUCAACUGGCACGUAGAUCAGAUUACUUACAGAGCAAAUAAGUUAUAUCUCAUUUAAUCUCAGAGUUCAGUCGCCUCACCGAAUUGAAUUUAACCUCUUCUUUGAAAUUAAAUACACAUUAUAAAAAGAAGUUAAAAGUAGGGCUGAAUCAGUAUCUUUUUUUUUUCUAGACCAAGUACAUGUUUUUGGUACUCAUCAAUACUGAAAUAGAUACUGAUACUGAAAUGAGUAUUAAAUAUUAAGCAAUCAGGGGCAUCAUGGAACAUUUUAUUUAGCUCUGUUUAUGUUGGUUGCUGUCGUGUGCUGCUAGCAAUGAACGUCUCUUGCUGGGUUUUAUGUUUAAGACGUUAUAUUAUCGAUGAGAGGUGACCUGAGUGCGCAGAACAGGAUCAGAGCAUGUGUUCAUCAAGGAAUUGCACCUUGCCUCGCGAACAAAGUGGGAAAGCAAGUAUACAUGUGUCAGUGCUCAGUACUCGCCGAAAUGAAGUGCUCUCAUAUGCGCCAGUUUCCAUGCAGUCUCACCUUACUGCUCCACACUCACAAAUACCGCUCUGUACACUCAAACACACGUACACAGCAACCUGCACUCACUUUUGUCUAUGCUUGCAGUGAUGCUUGGCUCCCGUCACGCUCUCUAUUAAAUAUACUGCUUAAACGCCAUGAGAUGUUUUUAUCAAGCUGCGUACAAGCUGCGUAUGUAUCCCUAGUUAAGAGUACUCUGUAUUUUAAUGUGGAUUUUAAGUUUUCUUCAAGCAUUUAAUUAUCACUCAUAUCAAUCAGACAGUUAAAUUAAAAAAUUUUAAUCCUAAUUAUUUUCUAGAUAUUAAUGGGAAUAGGUAACUGAUCUGUUACAGCUGUUUUUCAUCUCCCCAUGUUUUUGCUUCAAUUUUUUUCACCAGCUCUUGCCAAAUGGGAAAAGUGAUCAUGUUCAAAUCGUGCAGGAACCUCAGUGUAUACUAUAAAAACACUAUAAAAUCCAGUGGAAAUUGUAAUUAGUAUACAUUUAACCUUGAAGCUCUUAGGUGUAGUUAUGAAAGGAUCCUUUCUAAUCCUGCGCUACCUCUCCUGACCUUACUCCAGGCCUGCCGAUAGGCAUCAGUGGCAGGACAGUGUGUGAGGACCCUCACUCUGCUUAUCAGCUCUUUUCAGUAGCAGAGAGGUUGAUUUUCUAAUCGACUGCCCUGCCAAAUGGGCUGCACUCUCCAAGGAAUUGGGGAGCAGAAUACACACACACAUACACACACUGUAAGUGACUUUAGUUCCCCAUAUGACUUGUAGGACUCUGUCAGUUUAGAGGGUAAUGAGUUUAGGGGCUCAGUUCAAACGCGUCUGCUUUUCUACACUGCUGCAGGGUGUGAUAUGGAUGAGGUGAGAUUUUGGGGUUGUACUGGGUAUUCUGGAAGGGCUAAUGGAAUUUGAUAUAGUUUCUAGUAAAAGCUGAAUGUGCACUCCCACUCUGAUUUCACAUUCAGUAACUGAUUCUUUGAUUUUGUUUUAGCAGGUUGCAAGUAAUUUUCAUUUACAAACGUGCCAACAUCUACAAUUUUUGAUUGUUGCCCCUCAUAGUGGCUGCAAAAUCAGGUUUGGCCAAAGAUGGGGCUUUCUACCUAAAACAUAUUUUGAUGCUUCAUCUUACCAUACAGCAGGUCCAUAAUAUAUUUGAACAUUAACAAAGUUUUUUUUUAUUUUAGCUGUCUAACACAGUAUAUUAUAUUUGAAAUUAAUAAUGGAUAUUUUCAUAAUGAAUAUCUAAAAAGCCUGUAGAGUUCGGAAACAACAUCCAAGAUCCUAUCCUGUGGACAGACGGGACAAAAACCAAUUUGUACCAGAAUGAUGGGAAGAGAGGAGUAUAGAGAAGGGAAGGAACUGCUCAUGAUCUGAAGCAUACCACUUCAUCUUAUAGUGUGGACAGGUCCACUGGCUGCCAGUGGAACUGGUUCCCUGCUAUUUAUUAAUGAUGUGACUGCUGACAAAAAGCAAAAGGAUUAAUUCUGUAGUGUGUAGAGCUAUAUUAUCUGCUCAUAUUCAGCCAAAUGCCCAAAGCAUACUCCGAAAGCAAACCACCAAGCAAAGAAAGGGAGUGUUCUGCAAUGGCCAAAUCAAUCACCCGACCUGAGUUCAACUGAGCAAGCAUUUCACUUGCUGAAGGCAAAACAGCCCAAGAACAAACAGAAACCAAAGAUAUCUGCAGUAAAGGCCUGACAGAGCAUCACCAGGGAAGAAACCCAGCAUCUGAUGAUGUCUGUGCAUUCCAGACUUCAGCCAGUCAUUGACUGCGCAUGAUUUGCAACCAAGUAUUAAAAAUGAGCAUUUCAUUUAUGAUAAUGUUGGUUUGUCCAAUUACUUUUGGUCUCUUAAAAAUGGGGCAUGCCACAUAUAAAAAGUGCAGUAAUUCCCACACUGUUCACCUGAUUUAGAUUUAAAUAACCUAAUUAAAGCCGAAAGUCUGCGCUGUGAGCUAAUAUUCAUAUUUAAUUUCAACUCCAAUAUAUUGUGGUAGACAAAAAAAAAAUACAAUAACUUUGUCAAUGUCUAAAUAUUUAUGAACCUGCCUGUAUGUUUCACCAAAAAUGAUGUAGAUGUAGAUUUUUAUCUACUUUGUAACGUUGCCAUGCCUAAAGAUGACUAAAACCAUGCUAGCUGAGUGUGUUAUGAGCUGUAGCAAAAGCGACACACGUAUAAUCAGUUCAGUUUGUAUGAGAUAGCGGCUAUCAAAAUGUCCAAAAUGGUCCUGCACUGCAGUUGGAGUAGAAUCUUUAAAUGCAAUCUCCUUCUUUUUAACUUUUUUGAGGUAACUAUGUUAAUUGGGUGAAGGGAUGUUUCUGAUGACUUACAGAGUGACACGUUAAUUGUAUAAAGUAAGUUUGUUUUUAAGCUGGCUGCUUAAGAAAUCCAAACCUUUCUGCAGACUGCAGUUAAAUGUCAGUUCAUAUAUGCUAGGAUUUAUGCUAGGACAUCAUCUUUUGUGGAGAAAUUCCUUUUUUUCUUUCGGCCUGCUAGGAUUUUCUUAUUUGUAAUGUUGCCACCGCUGAAUUUAUGCUUUACUGAUAAAGGGGACGCCAUUUUCUCUUGUUAUAUGUGAUCACUAUAAUAGUUGGUACUUGUUUUUAGAUUUUGUGUUUUGACUAUAUUGAUUAUAAUUUCCCUGUCUUUUCCAAGCACUCUCCAAUACAGGUUGUGUAGAUGUUAUUUUAUUGGCUUUCCAGUGUGCGUUCCACUGAAUGGUCUCCUGUCGAAUGUGUUUCAGCAGGGUGAGCUCAGGUUAUCCAGCCUGGGGAGCUUUCUUUUCAUAUCAGAAAGUUGAAAACACCUGAAGACAGUCAGCUGAUCUGGCCAGAAGUGCCAGUGGAGAAUAAAGCACGUCAAGGCAGCUCAGAACCUCUUAGCUUCUCUCUAUAAACAUGUGUAACCAGCAUUCUCUCUCUCUCUCUCCUUAUUCUUCUUUCUUUCUCAUCUCCUUUCUUUCUUGCCCUGUUCCAGAAUUACAUUCAUUGAAAGAAAUUGUUUAUGUACUUUUUACAACCCUGCUCUCUUCACCCCAUCCCCCAGUAGGCAGCCUUUUGAAGCCUUGCCUCCUUUCAGCCUCCCAGAACUCCUAAGCUUCUUAUCAGCUCUGAAGCAGAGUUUCAUCUUACUCAGGGCAUAGCGGCCACCCCCAGAACCCCACUGCCCCUUUUCUAUACCUCCCUCUGUUCCCUGCCUUUUUUUUUUGUUUGUUUUUUUUACCUCGUCUUCUCUUCUCUCCAAGAUCUAUACCUUUUCUUUCUGGCUCAGUUUCACCUUCCCUGUGCUAAUUUUCUCUCCCCUGUUUCUCCUGCCCGAAUAUCAUAUUCUUUCCUUCUCCUGUUCUUAGAUGUCCCUGUCGCAACCACCUUUGCCUCCAUUUUGGAACUUUUGGAGCACUGUUGCCACCUCCUCUCUCAUUACUGCUCUCUUGCUUUACAAUAUUGAUGCUCUCAGAGAGGAAUAGAAAAGUGAGCAUGAAAUGGAGGUGGAGACGGUAGUAGGAAGGAAAGGAAUAAAACAGGAUUAGACACAUUCUCCUCAUGCCAAAUGAUGACAGUAUCAGUAGCUUAAUGCACAGCUGCUGCCAUCUUUCUCAUGAUGUCUGGGAUCAAGAGUACUCAGGAGGCAAAGGUGUGGGUGGAAAUGUAUUAGCUGCAAAUCUCAAAGAAGCAAUGCCGUGCAUUUUACAGAAGGGUUCAAAUUGUGAAAGUUUCACUCUUGGGUGCCUGUGGAUGGCAACUGCAGAUAGCGAUAUUCCCCGGACUAAUCCUCCUAUUUAGCCAGAGUUUACUGUGCAAAUUGGCUGCCUGGAAUGCAUGCAGACAGAAUGGAGUCCCGAGCAGCCAUCCAUAACUUCAUUUAGUAGCUGACGGAAAAGCCGAGCUUGCUAUCAUUCUCAUUGUUAGUGUAAAAGUCUCUGAGCUGAGCACCUUCUGGAGUUUCUAUUUCAUUUUAUGUCGUUUUUUUCCCUCCAGUGCAACCCAAGGCAAAAAAAUUUACUUUAAGAACCAUUUUAGCCACAAGUCGCCACGGAGGUCUUGCUGUUCUUGGCAUGCUCUCCAACCUUGUCUUUCAUGUGCAUUUUAUUCCAGCUGGGCACAAACAAACACUGUAAUAAUUAAUUCAAUGCUUGGAAUUCUGCUGUUUGAUAGUUUAAUUAAACACAAACACACAAAACAGUUCAUAAAUACAUUUUUUGCUUUAUGCCCAUUUUUUUUAAUCACAACAAAUAUUUUCGACUUUUAAUUAAUACCAAUUUUUUGUUUUAAAAAAUUCUAGAUACUUGCAUCUACCACAUACAUAGUAAACUUUGUGUUUAGUUUUUAUUCUUUCCAAAUUAAUCCUCAUAGUAAAAAGCUUAUAGAAUUGUCUUCUUUUACUGAUAGAUAAUUUUGCAUAUUUCAAUCAUUUAUUUCUAUCUGCUAAUAGAAUAAGACAAUUUUAAGCUUUGUGUCUAUAAAUAAGUUUAAUUGUCUUAUAUUUGUUAUAUAAAAAGCUCAUAAUGAGACUUCUUAUGGGAACUCUCAUUAUGAUGUAGUGCACAUGGGACAAGUGGACUUGCAGAGGACAAGUGGACACAAACCAUGCCAGCAAAUAAAAGCACUCCUCAGCAUAAUUUAGCCACAAAUUGUUUCUCUGUCUGUAUAGUUUAAGACCAAAAAAAAAAAAAAUUGAAAAACUAGGUAAACUGGGAUGCCUCUGCAGCCAACAAGCCUAUUUCAUCUUGUUGCUACUUUGUAUGCCAGAUAUACCCUUAAAAUAUUCAUCAAACAGGAAGGAAGCUAUUGACGAAAAACUAUUUUAGACAUUUUACCUUGAUAUGACCUUGACCCUGUUUGGAUCAAUUCAAAAAAUCUAAUGAGAUCAUCUGAUGCUGGUGCUGAUAAUUCCAUAUAAAUCCUACAAACAUUCAACCUCUUGUUCUUGAGAUGUCAUGCUAAUAAGAAUCUCAAACAGAUGCACAGAUGGAUGGAUGGACAGAUGGACAAACCGGAAAAACAUAAUGCUUCAGCCACUCAGUUGCAAAACCAUAAAAAGAAAAUCAUAUUAACAAACAUGAGGGAGAGUUAUACAACAACAUAAUGCAAUGAAGCAAACACGCAUUAACAACUGUGUAGUGCAGCAUUGUUGUACCAUAUGGAAAUCAUUAAGUUAUGUAAUUGCUGCCCAUUUAAUUAUCAGCUGAUAAAUAAAAAAUUAAAUAACGCAUUUAACAGGAGAGUGUCAGAAAUUCAAAAUUGAAUUCAACAAUUGUUUUAAAGUACAAAUGUAUGGAUAUUUUAAAAAUAUUAAUUUGUGGAUAUAAUUUUCAAUACCUAUGUAAAUUUUUAUUUACAUAUUUUUUUGCAUCAUGGAAAAAUGUUUGUAAACACAUUUAUUUAUUUGUCAAUCAAAAGAAAUUAUGUGUGUUGUGUUUUGUGUAUCAAUGAUUCCCUAGCUACCUUUGCUGUAAUACCAAGAAUGUUAGACAUUACAUCCUUGGAACUGUUUUUUU